CUCGCCUCGCGCGUGCGCCCCCCCUACCCCGUCUCCUCCCUGCCUGCGCGAGCGACUAGUAGAAAUAGGCGCGCGUGCCGCCUCGGCCGCUCGCUCCUCUGGUUAAUCCCCCCUCGCCACGACUCGCAGCCAUCCCUUCACAUUAUCCGCGCGCGCGCGAGCGGACGUAGCGUGUGGGUAGCGUCGCCGUGCGGACGGUCUCUUGGUGCCGGUGCGGGCCGCGUGACGGUGCGUGUGCCGCCCGCGGGGAGGAGGUCGUUCGGUUGGUUGGCCCUCGGCGACGAUGGCGGUCCACGGCGGAGAGGCGGUCUCCGUCGCGCUCCUCUUCUCCCUCGCUUUCUUCUGCGCUCGCCUCCUGCUCGACCGCCUCGUCUACAAGCCAUUAGCAGUCUACCUUUUCAACACCAAAGCUUCUAAGUUGAUGAAUAAUGAGGCCAGGCAAGCAAAGAUUGUCAAGUUCUCAGAGUCCAUUUGGAAACUUACCUACUAUGCUUCUGUUCAAGCAUGGGUCCUCAUGAUAAUAAAGCAGGAACCAUGGUCAUUGGAUAUGAUGCAAUACUUUGAUGGCUGGCCGAACCAACCCAUCGUGUCUUCAUUGAUGCUUUUCUAUAUGUGCCAGUGUGGAUUUUAUAUCUAUAGCAUCGGUGCUCUUGUUGCUUGGGAAACCCGCAGAAAAGAUUUUGCUGUAAUGAUGUCUCAUCAUGUAAUAACAUCUACUCUAAUUGGAGUUUCAUAUCUGACUGGAUUUUUCCGAAUUGGGACCAUCAUUCUCGCUCUUCAUGAUGCAAGUGAUGUGUUUCUUGAGACUGCCAAAUUGUGCAAAUACACAGAAAAAGAGCUGGGUGCUAGCUUGUUUUUUGGUCUCUUCGCUAUCUCCUGGCUUCUAUUGCGUCUGAUUUACUUCCCAUUUUGGAUAAUCAAAGCCUCUAGCUAUCAUUCCAUCACAUUCUUGAGGAAGCUGGAUGAAUUCCCAACAACUUUGUACUACAUCUUGAACACAAUGCUUCUCACAUUGCUUGUAUUCCAUAUGUACUGGUGGAAACUCAUAUGUUUGAUGAUAAUGAGACAGCUGAAUAAUAAAGGACAAGUUACAGACGAUGUCCGAUCUGAUUCUGAGGAUGAGGAGUAAUGGGAGAUUCAUUCUUUGACAUCUGCAACGUGGCAUUUCCUCGUCAAUACUUUUCUAUGCCUGCUUCCAGAAUUGAUUGCUUUUAAUCUUGGCAAGUCUCGGGAACGUAUAGGAAAGUUUAAUCUCUGUAUAUUGCCUUAUGAUAUCAAACAUGGCUAGACCGGGAAUGGAUCUAUACAUGAUGACGGGCAUAGCUAGCAAGCUUACUUCAAGGUUCCUUAAAAAAUUUUGGUUCACCUUUAUUUGAUAUGGGGAAAGACAUGAGAGGGUGUACAGCUUUUUCCUGAAGCUUGCAGAACCCCCCUCUGUACCAUGAUCAAUAUACUUCACUUGUGAGUAGAUUUAGUUCUAAUUGAUGAUAAUAAAUUGAUUCUUUUGAUUGGG